AUGACGACAGAUCAAUUUCCCUAUAAUGAACAAAGACAAUCAUCACGGUUAGAUUGGGCUGAAUCAUCAUGUACAAGAUGGUUUCAAAUACCACUAUAUUCAUGGAUAACACCUAUUCUCUCCUUAAGUAAUAAACGUACACUUGUGGAGAAUGAUCUUGACGAUCUUGCUAUCAAAGAUCAAUGUUCAACAUUGUUGAACCGAGUGAAUCAGUAUGAUUCUCAAUGGCCAGGUACAUGGCACGUUUUGAACCAUACAUUUGCUAAAGAUUUUCUAAUAAGUAUAUUACUUGUUUUUCCACUUAUAAUGGCUCAUUUGUCACAGCCAUUGCUUAUUCGUCAAAUUAUUCUCGUUAUUAAAGAUCAAUCAGGAUUACCAUGGUACGAUGGUUAUAUAUUUUGUAUUGCUCUUUUCGCUUCCUGCAUCGUACAAGCCAUUGUUCCUCAUCAAAUCUUCUUUCGAAAUAGUCGUAUAGGUAUGCGAAUUCGUAAUAGCUUAUCAUCGACCAUCUAUAAACAUUUGUUGACAAUCAAUACCGCAGCUCUUCACAAGACUACGGUUGCUCAGAUGAUCAAUUUAGUUGCAAAUGAUGUCAGUAAAUUCGAAGAAUUUAGUGUAUUCGUACAUUCUCCAUUACUAGCAAUUGUGGAAGCUCUUAUAGGUUUUGGUCUCAUUUGGUGGUAUAUCGGUUUACCGACAUUAUUCGGCUAUGCAGUAUUGAUUUUAUUGAUACCUAUACAGUUCUUUUUCAGUCGACAAUUCAGUCGAUAUCGAAACACUACAAUGGCAUGUACAGAUAAGCGUGUGCAAGCGAUCAAUGAACUUGUUAACGGCUGCCAAAUUAUUAAAAUGUAUAAUUGGGAAAAAGCUAUGGAACAACGAGUACGUGAAACACGUCGACGUGAACUUUCGAAUAUUUAUAAAGUGAGCUAUUUAAGAGCUCUCAAUAUUGCUCUUGCUUUCUCUGCAUUACCAUUAAUUUCUCUUGCUACAUUCGGCGGUAGUUGGUUAAUGGGUCGAACUUUCCAAUCGGAAGAUCUAUUCACAACACUAGCUUUCUUCGUUAUGGUUCGAGUUCCAGUAACAAAUGGAUUACCGUCUGCGAUCGAAAAAUUCAGCGAAGCUCGCGUUUCUGCAAGACGAAUCGAUCAAUUUAUGCAACUCGAUACGUUGUCCAAUAAACGUGAAAAAAUGGAAAACGACAACGAAGAUCAUGUAAUCGUAAUGGAAGAUGCAUCCUUUUCUUGGAAAGAUACUCCUUCUUUGUUUUCUCUCAAUCUCAAAAUUAGAAACGGGAAUUUAGUUGGAGUGAAAGGUUCAAUUGGUGCUGGCAAAUCAACCUUAUUCGCUGCUAUCCUAAAUGAGAUUAAUCUUGUAAGUGGGAAACUACAACUGCAUGCUAAUUCAAUUUCGUAUGCUCCACAAUCAGCGUGGAUAUUUGCUGAUACUAUUCGAGCUAAUAUUCUUCUUGGCAAAGCAAUGAAUGACGAACGUUACACGAAUGUGAUAAAAGCAUGUUGUCUUGAUGUCGAUCUAGAAAAUUUUGGUGAAGUUGGUGAUUUAUUGAUAAUUGGUGAUAAAGGUGUCAAUUUGAGUGGUGGACAAAGAGCUCGUAUAUCACUUGCUCGUGCUCUGUAUGCUGAUGCUGACUUAUAUUUACUCGAUGAUCCACUUGCUGCUGUGGAUCCAAAGGUAGCAAAGAAUAUUUUUGAUCAAUGCAUUGGUCCUCGAAGCCUCCUUCGUGGAAAAACUCGAAUAUUGGUUACACAUCAAACACAUUUUUUAGUUGAAACAGACCAAAUAUUUCUCAUGACAAAUGGUCAUAUUGAAGAAUUACAGAUGGAACAAAUACCUAUAAUGGAACUGUCGAAUGAUACAUCAGAAACAGAAUCAUCUGCGAACAAGGAAACAGAUUGGGUACCUGAUGCUGCUGUAAUUGAUAUGAAUUCAAUUGUUAAGAAUGAAACAUUAGUUGAAGGUGCUAUUAAGUGGAGUGUUUGGCUAAAAUUAUUUACUGCACCACCUUUACGAUGGUUCGGUUUGCUUUUAAUGAUUGUUUUUAUGCUCAUCAAUGAAGCUUUAUACGAUUUUUCAAACAUUUGGCUCGCUAUAUGGUCUGAUCAAGAUAAAAAAGAACAACAAUCGUCGUUUUAUGCUUAUGUUUAUCUUGGAGCUAUAGGUUGCACAUUGAUCGUAGCAAUAAUACGUGUUAGCUAUGUCUACUAUAUUAUGCUACGUAGUUCGACUCACUUUCACAAUCGAAUGCUCAAAGGUAUCUUGUAUACUUCAUUACGUUUUUUUGAAAGUAAUCCAAGUGGACGAAUCUUGAAUCGAGCAAGCAAAGAUCAACAAGUUUUAGAUCAAGCCUUACCUCUAGCUUUAAUUGAUACUAUGCAAUAUCUACUAAUGAUUAUUGGUUCUAUUACAAUCAUUGGAAAGACUAAUCCAUGGGUACUUUUAAUUCUCAUUCCUUUGGUUCCCUCUGUUUUGUGGCUUCGUCGAUUUUACAUGCGUUCAAGUCGUCAAAUCAAACGAUUGGAAAGUGUAACACGUAGUCCUAUGUAUACACUGUUCUCAUCAUCAUUUGAUGGACUCACUAGCAUUCGUGCAUUUAACGUUCAAGGUGAUUUUUUAAAUAUGUUUAUGGAAAGAAUUGAUACUAAUUCACGAGCUUACCUCAUAGUCUUUACGUCGGCGCGUUGGUUUGGUUUACGACUCGAUAUUAUGGUAUCCUUUCUCACGUUGGUUACUGCUCUUCUUGCAGUAUUUUUACGUCAUCAAAUCGACUCGGCGGCAGCAGCACUUAGUGUUACAUAUUGUAUCAGUUUAACAGGUCUCUUUCAAUGGGCUAUACGACAAUCGACUGAAGCUGAAAAUUUAAUGACCAGUGCAGAACGUAUUCAUGAAUAUGGUCAACUAGUACCAGAAAGUCAACAAAAUAGCAACCAGAGCGAUGUUCUCAUUCAACCAACAGAAGAUUGGCCUUCUCGUGGUACUAUCGAAUUUAAAGACUACACUUUUCGUUAUCGCCCAGAACUUGAUCCCGUACUCAGAAAUCUUAAUCUACGAAUUGAAUCAAAGGAAAAAGUUGGCGUUAUUGGUCGAACAGGUGCUGGCAAAUCAUCACUUCUUCAAGCUCUAUUUCGACUUGUUGAUCAAUCAGCAAUCAGUGGAACUCUACUCAUUGAUGACAUCGAUAUUGGACGUAUUUCACUUCAUCAACUUCGUUCUCAUCUAAGUGUCAUUCCUCAAGUACCUAUACUCUUCUGUGGUACACUUCGAUAUAAUAUUGAUCCAUUCGAACAAUUCUCAGAUGAUGAAUGUCUUACAGCACUAGAAGCUGUUCAACUCAAGCAAUUAGUGCGCAAUCAUCCCGACGGACUUCAUUUGUUGGUAGCUGAAUCGGGUACUAACCUGAGUGCGGGUGAACGUCAAUUGAUUUGUGUUGCUCGAGCCAUUCUGAAGAAGAGUCAUAUAUUGCUAAUUGAUGAAGCUACAGCAAAUGUUGAUCAUGUCACUGAUAGAAUGAUUCAAGAGGUGAUUGCUGACAAGUUUCGUGAUCGCACCAUAUUAACAAUUGCUCAUCGGUUGAAUACAGUCGUCAAUAGUGAUCGUAUUCUUAUGCUACAACAGGGAGAGAUUGUCUACUUUGAUGUACCUAAUAAUAUUCAUCUAAAUUAA